AUGGCGGCCGUCCUCGCAAGGACCGUGUGUCUCGGGUAUCUUCUUCUUGGCGUCGGCGCUCUUCGGGAAGCGAUGGAGGCGGCUGACAUCAACCUCGACAGCGAUCGCUGUGGCGGCCUCCGAUGCUUUCGGGCCUGGGAUUCUGGGAGGCUGAACCAGGGCCGCUUCCAGCUGCGCGCCGGGGCCGCGCAGCGCGUGUCCUGGAGGCUCGUUCCAGAGGCGUCCUACAGCCUCCAGCGAGACAGCAGCUGCAAAGGUGAUGCAGAGACCGUUGUGCCUUCUGUGCAAGUGCUACCCUGGAUUCACGCAGAAGAGCCAAUCAACGGUUCUACGAUUGAGAUUUUCGUCCCACCAGUGGAAGACCUGAUGCUUCGCAUGAAUGUGAAGCAGAACGUCUUCCUCUGUGCCAGCAGGACCUUCCGACAGGAACGAUCAUGCCUUUGCCAACUGGAUUUGAUCAAGUCACCAAGCGUUGGCAUCCUUCCCCAGUUGGGACGUUUGCUGCCGGCGAAGGGCUUCGCACAGCUGGCAGAGGUUCAGGUGUCCCUGGAUCGGCAGUGCCCUGCUCCAUGGAUCCCAGAUGCCGUGGUGGCCACGGUUUUGGCCCUUUUUGCCGUGUUCCUGCUCCUUUCCUUGGAGGCCGCUGUUGCCAUCAAGCGCGCCGGCCCUGCCGAGAAUCCCCGGAAACUUGCCGAAGACGCUGGCCUCGUUGUAGCGAAGCCUCUGAACCUCGCACGGAAGGCGGGCACUGGCGCAGUUGGCUUCGUCACACUGAUGGCAACAACGCAAGGCAUCGCAGUUACCAAGGCCAUGGACGCGCAGGUCCCAGAAGCAGUCGUCUGGCUGCUCGUCACCUCCGCCGGGCUUCUCAGUGCCCUCGCCGUCUGGCGCUCCUUUCAGUCGACGUGUCAGAUCCAGCUGAGCGAAGCCUACUUGUUGAAUGGGCAGUGCAUUCGCAACACGCCGUCGGUGAAAUACAUGGACUAUGCACUGGGAGCUGGCAUUCUCCUCUAUGCUCUGGCAGCAGCAGGAGGUGUCCUCGCAGCCGGCACCUCCGCCGAGCAGGUAGGCUUCAUGGUCCUUGUGAUAACAGCUCUCGUCGGCCCCGUCAUGAACUUGCUCCUGCGGGUGAAGGCCGGCAGUGAUGCUGAGACGGAAGCUGCCAGGGUAAAGAUGAAACCGCAGGGCUUCGAAGCUCUCCUCUCCCAUGGGCCAAAUGCCGAGAAGUCGACUGAGGGAAACUUUUCUUGGAGCUUCCUACAUUGGGAGGAGGUGCUCGCAGCCGGGCGGCAGAGUCGGGAAACCCGCCCAGAGACGCCCGGCGACGAAGGAACUCCCAGUGAAGGCACCCCCUUCGGCCUUCUCUCAGAUGUACUGUGGCAGCGGCAGCGCAUUCACAAGCUUACCAGCUCCCAUGUCAUUCGGCAUGGACUGUUCCCAGAAUCUGUCAGAAUUCAAGAUCCAUUAGAAGGGCGAACUGCGGGCGUAAUCCAAGUCCGUACCACCAACUAA